UGCAUCCAUUCGGCAUUGACACCUAAAAUGCAUUGGAUCACAAUUUUACUUGCUGGAUUGACUUUAUGUGGGAAAGUGACAAUGCGCAAUAUCUUAGAUUAUGAAGACAGUUAUGAUUAUUACGAAGAGGACAGAGUGGAAACAAUCGACUACAAAGACCCAUGCAAAGCUGCUGUCUUUUGGGGAGAUAUCGCCUUAGAUGAAGAAGAUUUGAAAAUGUUUCAAAUUGACAGAACAAUAGACCUCACUCAGCACACACAUGAAAGACAAGGACACACUUCGGGAGGUUUUGAGGAGCAGGAAGUGGUGAAGAAGAAAGGAUCUCUCUACCUGCUUCUGGAGAGGAUACGAAGAUUGAGCUUCGACAAUGGGCAAAAGAACUCCAGCAGGGAAACUACAGGCCCAAAAUCCUCAGGGAAAAUCGGGAAGGCCAGAAUUCCUCGAGCGGCCACUUCCAGAGCGGAGAGAAUCUGGCCAGGAGGAGUUAUCCCGUAUGUCAUCGGAGGCAAUUUCACCGGCAGUCAGCGGGCAAUGUUCAAACAGGCCAUGCGGCACUGGGAGAAGCAGACGUGUGUCACCUUCAUCGAGAAGACGGAUGAGGAGAGCUACAUCGUCUUUACCUACAGGCCCUGCGGGUGUUGCUCUUACGUGGGGAGAAGGGGAAACGGUCCUCAGGCCAUCUCCAUCGGGAAGAACUGCGACAAGUUCGGCAUCGUCGUCCACGAGCUGGGUCACGUGAUCGGCUUCUGGCACGAGCACACCAGGCCAGAUCGGGACGACCAUGUGACCAUCAUACGAGAUAACAUUCAGCCAGGACAGGAAUACAACUUUCUGAAGAUGGAGCCGGGGGAGGUGAAUUCCCUGGGGGAACCGUAUGAUUUCGACAGCAUCAUGCACUAUGCCAGGAACACCUUCUCAAGAGGCAUGUUCCUGGAUACCAUCCUGCCUUCCCGUGACGACAACGGAAUACGGCCUGCCAUUGGCCAGCGGACGAGGCUGAGCAAAGGAGACAUCGCACAGGCCAGGAAGCUGUACAGAUGCCCAGCUUGCGGAGAGACGCUACAAGAGUCCAUUGGUAAUUUUUCAUCUCCCGGAUAUCCCAAUGGCUACCCAUCAUACACACACUGUGUUUGGAGGGUGUCCGUGACUCCAGGAGAGAAGAUUGUGCUAAACUUCACAACGAUGGAUUUGUAUAAGAGCAGUCUGUGCUGGUACGACUACAUUGAGGUCCGAGAUGGCUACUGGAGGAAAGCCCCUCUUCUAGGUCGGUUCUGCGGGGACAAAGUGCCUGACGUCCUGACCUCCACGGAGAGCCGCAUGUGGGUGGAGUUUCGCAGCAGCAGUAACUGGGUGGGGAAGGGGUUCGCUGCCGUUUACGAAGCCAUCUGCGGAGGUGAGAUCCGCAAAGACGGCGGGCAGAUUCAAUCCCCCAACUACCCCGACGACUACAGGCCAGCCAAGGAGUGCGUCUGGAAGAUAACCGUGUCAGAGGACUACAAUGUGGGAUUAAGUUUUCAGGCUUUCGAGAUUGAGAGACAUGACAGCUGUGCCUAUGACUACUUGGAGGUUCGAGAUGGGAACUCAGAAAGCAGCCCGCUGAUUGGUCGAUUUUGUGGAUAUGAUAAACCGGAAGACAUCCGAUCUACCUCAAAUAAACUGUGGAUGAAGUUUGUCUCAGACGGAACGGUCAACAAGGCCGGAUUUGCUGCUAACUUUUUCAAAGAGGAGGAUGAGUGUUCCAAACCGGACAAUGGUGGGUGUGAGCAGAGGUGUGUGAACACACUGGGGAGCUUCAAGUGUGCCUGUGACCCCGGGUAUGAGCUCGCCCCCGACAAGAAGAGCUGUGAAGCUGCCUGUGGUGGUCUGCUGUCCAAGCUGAAUGGCACCAUCACCACCCCCGGCUGGCCCAAAGAGUACCCCCCCAAUAAGAACUGCGUGUGGCAGGUGGUGGCCCCUACCCAGUACCGCAUCUCCAUGCAGUUUGAGUUCUUCGAGCUGGAGGGAAACGAAGUCUGUAAAUAUGACUUUGUGGAAGUUCGCAGUGGUCUGUCAUCUGACUCUAAGUUACACGGAAAGUACUGUGGAACUGAGGUGCCCGAGGUCAUCACGUCCCAGUACAACAACAUGAGGAUCGAGUUCAAAUCCGACAACACCGUGUCCAAGAAGGGCUUCAAGGCCCAUUUCUUCUCAGAUAAGGACGAGUGCUCCAAGGACAAUGGCGGCUGCCAGCACGAGUGCACCAACACUGUAGGCAGCUACGUGUGUCAGUGCCGCAACGGGUUCGUCCUGCACGAGAACAAGCACGACUGCAAGGAAGCGGAGUGUGAGCACACGAUCCACAGCUCCAGCGGAACCAUCAGCAGCCCAAACUGGCCCGAUAAAUACCCCAGCCGAAAAGAGUGCACCUGGGACAUCUCCGCUACGCCGGGACACCGCGUGAAGAUCUCUUUUAAUGAGUUUGAGAUCGAGCAGCACCAGGAAUGCGCCUAUGACCAUCUGGAGGCCUUCGACGGGGACAGCGACAAGUCGGCCAUCUUGGGCCGGCUCUGCGGGAACAAGGUGCCCGAGCCGCUUGUCUCCACGGGCAACAAGAUGUACCUGCGCUUCAUCUCCGACGCCUCUGUGCAGAGGAAGGGCUUCCAAGCCACCCAUUCCACAGAGUGUGGGGGAAGGUUGAGGGCAGAGACACGGCAGAAGAACCUGUACUCCCACUCGCAGUUUGGCGAUAAUAACUACCCGGGACACAUGGACUGCGAGUGGCUCAUCGUGGCGGAGAAGGGCUACGGCAUCGAGCUGACCUUCACCACCUUCGAGGUGGAGGAGGAGGCUGACUGCGGCUACGACUACAUCGAGCUCUUCAACGGCUACGACAGCACGGGCCAGGGGCUCGGACGCUUCUGCGGAUCGGGGCCCAGAGAGGAGAUCUACUCUGUGGGGGAGACCAUACUUCUGCACUUUCACAGCGACGACACCAUCAGCAAGAAGGGCUUCCACAUACGAUACACCAGCACCAAGUUUCAGGAAGAGCUGCAUAACAGGAAAUGACAGUUUAAAAAAGCAACCGCCAACCUCGCCAGGAGACAGCACGUCCUACAUGCCAUCAGAAAAAAACAACGACAAAAAAACAUAAAAAGAGGAAAAUAACAAAAACAGUAAACAUGAACCAAACAAAAAACUAUUUUGUUAAAAAUAAAAACAUGAAGAAAAGCAAGAGAG